GCUUGCGGGACUCAAGUAGCUAGAACUACUCCCAUGGCUCCCCAAAAGAUUGGUAGCGUUAUUUUCUUUGUGAUAUUAAGUUUAGGCAUUUGUUCUGCCACUAGAGCCCUCUUCACUAGUGAAGAAUUAUUAGGAGGCAGGAUUAAUGUUGCUAUAGGGGGGUAUGGUGGUGGUAGUGGAGAAGGCGGUGGUGCCGGAUAUGGAACUGCUGGUGGAGGACUUGGCGGCGGCGGCGGCGGAGGUAGCGGUGGUGGCGGUGGUGCUGCUGCUGGGGGUGCUGGGUAUGGAAGUGGGGCGGGUGAAGGAGGAGGUGCAGGGUAUGGUGCUGGUGGAGAACAUGGGGGUGGAUAUGGUGCUGGUGGCGGUGGAGGUAGUGGCGGCGGAGGUGGUGGCGGUAUAGGUUCUGGAGCAGGUGGUGGUGAAGGAGGGGGUUCUGGCAGUGGGUAUGGUGCUGGGGGAGGAGCAGCAGGUGGUGGCCACGGAGGAGGAGGAGGUGGUGGGAGUGGUGGCGGCGGAGGUGGUGGAGAAGGUGCUGGGGGAGCACAUGGAGGCGGAUAUGGCAGCGGUGGAGGCGGGGGAGGCUCUGGUGGUGGAGGCGGAUCAGGUGGUGGGGGUGCACAUGGUGGUGGGGCCGGCUAUGGAGGCGGUUCUGGGGGUGGUGAAGGUGGUGGUCACGGUGGCUAUGCGCCUUGAAAACACCUUUCCCACUGUUUCAGUCUAUGGGACACUUCUUUUUACCAAAAAUAUUAUGAAAAAUAAAUUUGACUGCGGUAUGAAGAUGGGUUAUAUUAUAAAUACAACGAAUGUAAAAAAAGCCAAAGGCAUGCUAUCCGAGUCUGUAUCAAUUGAAACAGAUCGAAUGCUAUAAUUGCAUCAGUUCAUAAAUGGACAUGCAAUAAUAUUGAUCUUCCAUAUUAAUAUGGAUAUGAAAAUUGCUUAAAAGACCUCAGCAUUGCUCAAA